AUGUUGCGUGCCCUCCUUGCCUCCUCUCGCCCUCUGCUCGCGCGCGCCCGGGCGGCGUCCGUGCCCCUCCUUCACGCUCACCCGCACCCCCACCACCAUGCGUGCGCUACCGCGUCAGCAAUCCCGAUGCUCUCGCGAGGGAUGAAGGUCCGCGCCUCGGUCAAGGUCAUGUGCGACGGCUGCAGCAUCGUCAGGCGGAAGGGAAGGAUAUACGUGAUCUGCAACAAGAACCCGAAACACAAGCAG